AGGCAACUGCUAAUCAGCAAUACAAUAAAGGGUUUCACAAAGCAUUAUUUAUCGCUAUUUACGGCCACCGCUCGCUUUUUACGGUCUGCGGGGAAAUCGCAAAUGAUGACUCACAAACGCAGCUGCGUGAAGAAAAGAAAAGUACCCGUUGUUACAAUUGGUUGCAAGCGUUAAAGGAAAUUCAUCAUGUCAAACAGUGAUUGGAAUUGGACACAGUUCUGUCCGACGGGCUUGAAACCGUUCGCCAACGAUACCAACGAUCUGUUGCCAUGUUUUCAAAAGACCCUGCUCCAGUUUCCCGUCUACUCAAUCUUUGCCGCAAUAUCCGCCUACAAUUUUGGCAAUCAAACACAAAUUAUAACACGCGAUAGAAUCCAACUGAGAUUACUAUCCUUACGUACGGUAAUUAGUAUUAUUUUGGCUAUUUUGCCCGUAUCCAAGAUAUUUGUGUUCCAUCGUGAUGGCAUUGAAUUGUAUGCAGUCGAUGUGCUUGUCGUGGGUGCCGAGUGCAUCAUGUGGAUAGUUCACUGUGGUUACCUGAUGACAACACGAAAUAAUGGCUCCUUGAGCCAUCGAGGCUCCUUGCUGUUGAACGUGGUGUGGCUUAUGGUUAUUGUGCUGGACGCUGUCUGGCUGCGAACCAGUCGACACUUUGAAUGGUGGCCUUGGAGCCUUGCCACACUGUUGUGUGAUCUGUGUUAUGGUGCCACAUUGAUACCCAAGGGAAGUGCGAUCAUAAGCUUAGCAAAUUCCAAUCAUAGGGAUCGUGAGCAGGAUGCCUUGUUAUCAAAUCGUUAUACAUACUUUAACUUUGAGUUGAAUGAAUCGCUGCUCGGACACGCCCAGGAUGAGGCGAAUUGGGCAUCCCGCUUCGUUUUCCACUGGGUGCAGCCGUUGAUCAGCAAAGGCGUCGCUGGCAAAUUGCAUCGCAUUGAGGAUCUGUUCGAUCUUCCGGAUGCACUCAACGUGGCACGCUUAAGCGAGCGUCUCCAUUUGGCACUCUCUCAAUGCCAAAGCCCAUUCCGAGCACUGCAUAAAGUCUUUGGAUUCGAGUUCUAUUUGAUUGGAUUACUUCGACUUGUGGCCGAUAUCAGCAGCUUUGCAGGACCACUUCUCCUCGGAGGACUCUUACGGCUGAACAGCGAAAAGCAGAAUGAAGCGGAUAAUAAUAGAGCAUAUUACUAUGCGCUGGCCCUGUUUGGAACACAGCUGCUGUCGACUAUGUGUGGCUGUCACUUUGACUGGCGCAUGGCGAUGGUCAGCAUGAAGAUGCGCGUGGGCGUCAUCAGCAGCAUCUAUCGCAAGGCCUUGGAGGCGCGUGGUGUGCGUGAGUCCCGUCCAGAUAUGCUCAACUUGAUGUCCACGGAUGCGAAUCGCAUUGUCAAUUCAUGCAUUAGUUUCCACUCCUUUUGGAGCAUACCCUUUAAGCUGUUCACCACAUUGUAUCUGCUUUAUCUACAGUUGGGCGUUGCCUUCUUGGCUGGCGUAAUCUUUGCCGCUCUCCUGAUACCCGUCAAUCGUUGGAUAGCCAAGCGCAUUGGCGUCUAUUCCACGGGAUUGAUGACCGCGAAGGACGCGCGUCUUUCAGCCACAACGGAGACAAUGGAGGGCGCUAAGCAAAUCAAAUCCAAUGCUUGGGAGCCAAUAUUCAUUAAGAAAAUCCGCGAGCUACGCCAUAAGGAGCUCAAGUUUCUGUCGAAGCGCAAGUAUCUGGAUGCCUUGUGCGUAUACUUUUGGGCCACGACACCGGUGCUUAUAUGUUUGCUAACAUUUGGCAUGUUUGUGCUCUUGGGCAACCAGUUGACUGCCUCCUCGACAUACAUAAGUGUCGCCUUGCUCUACAUGCUCAUUGGACCAUUGAAUGCCUUUCCCUGGGUGCUCAAUGGCCUUGUCGAGGCGUGGGUAUCUCUAAAGCGUGUGCAGCAACUAAUGGAUGUGCCCAAUCUGGACUACUCCAGCUACUACAAUCCCAUUAUGCGUGGCAUUGGCGGUGCCGAGACAACUGCCAGCGUGCUCCAGAUGAAAUGUGCACACUUUGUGCACGAUAGCGAGCACCAGGAUAACGACAACACUCCGACUCAUCAAUUCCGGCUGAAGGACAUCAAUGUCGACAUCAAGGCGGGUCAACUCAUCUGCAUCGAGGGACCUGUGGGCGGUGGCAAGAGCAGCUUCCUCACAGCCAUCGUAGCCGGUCUGCAGUGUCUGGACGGUGAGGUUUGCGUCCAGGAGACGAACACUGGCUUUGGCUAUGUGCCACAAUCCCCGUGGCUGCAACGCGCCACCAUCCGGGACAACAUUGUGUGGGGCAGCAACUUUGACGAACAAUGGUACAAAUCGGUGCUAUUUGCCUGCGCCCUCAACGAGGAUAUACGAUCACUUGGCGGCGAUCUAAUUGGCGUGGGCGAAAAUGGUCGCACUCUCUCCGGCGGACAACGUGCACGGGUCGCACUGGCACGUGCCGUUUACCAGGACAAGAAGGUUUAUCUACUAGAUGAUGUACUCUCUGCACUGGACGGCCAUGUGUCCAAGCACAUUGUACGACACUGUCUGCUAGGAUUGCUGAAGCAGAAGACACGCAUUGUGGUCACACGCAGCACACAGUUGUUCUUCCAUGCCAAUCAGAUUCUACACGUCAAGGAUGGCCAGUUGUGUCCCAGUGACUACAUGACCGAGAGCAUUGAUCUGAGUCUUGAUGAGGAAUCGACCAGCGAAUCGCUGGACAUGCGUCAUUGCUCCAUCGAGUUGCCCAAUGCAGCGGAUGAGGAUAAAAAGAGUGUGGAUAGUCUGCUGAUGGAGGAAUCCCGUGAAUAUGGUCAUCUCGCUGGCAAUGUAUUCAGCUGCUAUUGGCGUGCUGUGACAACUCCUUUGGCUCUCACUGUGCUGUUCUUUGUGGUGCUCAUGCAGCUGACACGGAAUUUAAGUGACACCUGGUUGGCACAUUGGGUCACCGAGACGACACUCGAUGGACAUUCCAAUGAUACCACGCUUCAGCAUGUCCUAAUGCAUCCGGGCAAUGAGAGUGACGAAUCGGCCCACACCACGGGCUUCUAUUUGGGCAUCUUUGCUGCCCUGGCGGUGACCAAUUCGUUGGUGACCUUAGCGCGAGCCUUUCUCUUUGCCUUUGCUGGCAUCAAGGCGGCCAUCUUUCUGCAUGAGAAGCUGCUCAAGCGAGUCAUGUUUGCCAAGUUUAAUUUCUUUGAUGUCACAUCUGUGGGUCGCAUACUUAAUCGCUUCUCCUCGGACACCAACACGGUUGAUGACUCGCUGCCAUUCAUAGUGAACAUUUUGCUGGCCCAACUGGCGGGACUAGUGGGUGGCUUGGCAGUCAGCCUGUAUGCCAUGCCUUGGCUGGGAUUGGUCAUUAUACCCAUGGUUCCGAUCUAUUUAAAUUUACAGCAACGUUAUCGCCAUGCCUCCCGGGAUAUUAAGCGGCUGUCUAGCAAUGCCAUGUCGCCGCUUUAUACGCACUUCACGGAGACUCUACAGGGAUUAUCCACGAUACGGAGCAUGCGUGCAAGUGCCCGGUUUCAGCGUGACUUUCAGGGUAAGCUGGAGGAGAGCAUAAAGGCGCAACUUUCAGCAGCAGCUGCCCAACAGUGGUUGGCACUGCGUCUCCAGUUGUUGGGUGCAAUGUUGGUGGGCGGUGCUGCUUUGCUGACAGCAAUAACAGCAUCGCAUAUAACGAAUCCUGGCCUGGUUGGAUUGUGUUUAACGUAUGCAUUGUCAAUUACUGGCCAACUGGACGGUCUUUUGCAUGCCGUGGCCGAGACAGAGCAAGAGCUUGUGGCUGUUGAGCGUGUGGAUCAGUAUUUGCAGCUGGAGCCGGAACAGAAUGCCGAUGGCAGUGCCGAUCCGCCAUUUGGUUGGCCAACACAAGGUGUGCUCAGCUUUAAACACGUGCAGCUUAGCUACAGGGAGCAUCUGUCGCCGGCGUUACAUGGCAUCAGCUUUGAAACGGAGGCGUUUGAACGCAUCGGCAUCGUCGGACGCACUGGAGCCGGCAAGAGCUCUGUGCUGGCAGCCUUGCUGCGAGUUGCACCACUAUCCCAGGGUGACAUAUAUCUCGACCAGAUGAAUCUAAAGACACUGGCACUAAGUGUGCUACGCGAACGAAUCGGCGUCAUCACCCAGGAGCCUUUCCUCUUUGAAGGCACUGUGCGUGAAAAUCUGGAUCCUAGUCAUAGAUAUUAUGACUCUGAGAUUUGGCAUGCCAAAAAUUCAGCGGCAGCAACAUUGCUAGUUCAGCAACUGGGUGGAUUAGAUGGCCAUGUGGAUCGGUGUGGCAACAAUUUGUCGGCCGGACAACGUCAAUUGUUGUGCCUGGCGCGAGCACUGCUCAAGAAUGCAAAGGUCGUUUGCAUUGACGAGGGUACCUCCUCACUGGACGAUGAGUCGGAUUUGUGCAUGCAACAGGCGCUGCGUAAUGCGUUUAAAAGUUGCACCCUGAUUUUCAUUGCUCAUCGACUGCGUGGACUACAGGCUAUGGAUCGCAUACUUGUCCUUGAUAAUGGACGCAUUUGUGAGCAGGGAAAGCCGCAGGAGUUGGCCUCCGAUGAGUCCACAAUGUUCCAUGGCAUGCUGCAAGCGCAGGACAUUAGUCUGGAGGACUUUGCUAAGGUCGAUUAAUAGUUAUCGUUGUAAAUAUUCAUUUUAAAUAGAUCUGUGUAUUUAUUAUUUACAUAAUUUGUUUUAAAUGUAUGUAAACUAUUUUUAGUUCAUAGUAUUUAACUCUUUACCAAAAAUAUAACAUUUAAAAUAA